UGGGGGGUCUGCGGGGCGGGGCGGACCGGGGACGCGGCAGCCCGGAGGAUGGAGGGGGAUGCGCGGAGGAGAAGGGAUCCUCGUUGACGUCAGGCGAUCGCCGUGAUCUCCCCUUCAUAUCCGGGUCCCGGGCGGCUCCCCCGGGCCGCUCGGCGCUGCGAGGAGGGGGCCGCCGGAGGUGGCCGGCGGCGACCGCAGCAUGCCCGCCUCCCGCCGCCGCUGCCCAUGGAGAUCGCGCUGGUGACUCUUGGAGAACGGCGGCGCCACGGCUAUCGCGGGCGGCGAGGAUGUCGCGACCGGCGGCGGCGGCAGCGGCAGCGGGCGGCGGCAGCGGGAGGGCUCGGCGACGGAGCGACCUGCUCCACAUCGGGCGGGCUCCGCCGCCGCCGCGCCGCGGCUGAGCGACGGCAAGGAGGGGGCACCGCCGGGCCCCCGCAGCGGGCAGGGCGGGCAGCCUCAACAGGAGGGCGCCGCCGCCCCAACCGCCCCAACCGGCACCCCAACCGGCACCUCAACCGACGUCCCAAACGGGCACCCCAACUGAUACCACAACCGGUACCCCAACCAGCACCGCAACACGAGAUGGGACCCCCCGAGGAAGGGGGCCACCGGCGGGGCAUGGCCAUGGCGGCGGCGGGUGAGGAGGAGGAGGAGGUGGCAGCAGCGGCGAGCCGGGGCGCUCUGCACCACCAGCGGGUGCUGAUCAACAUCUCCGGGCUACGCUUUGAGACCCAGCUGGGCACCCUCAACCAGUUCCCCGACACGCUGCUGGGAGACCCAGAUAAGCGCAUGCGGUACUUCGACCCACUCCGCAAUGAGUACUUCUUUGACCGCAACCGGCCCAGCUUCGACGGGAUCCUCUACUUCUACCAGUCUGGGGGCAAGCUCCGCCGGCCCGUCAAUGUCUCCAUUGAUGUCUUUGCCGAUGAGAUCCGUUUCUACCAGCUGGGCGAUGAGGCCAUGAGCGCUUCCGGGGAGGACUAUGGCUUCAUCAAGGAGGAGGAGAAGCCUCUGCCUCGCAACGAGUUCCAGCGCCAGGUCUGGCUCAUCUUGAGUACCCCGGAGAGCUCCAGCUCGGCCCGGGCCAUCGCCAUUGUCUCCGUGCUGGUGAUCCUCAUCUUCAUCACAUUCUGCCUGGAGACCCUGCCCGAAUUCAGGGAUGAGAGGGAGAUGCCUGUGCCCUUGCCCCCACAAAGCGGAGGUUUGAAUGGCACAACCGGGGACCCCCUACCCAUGCAGCCACCCAGCAGCCUCUCAGACCCCUUCUUCAUCAUUGAGACCACCUGUGUGAUCUGGUUCACCUUUGAGCUCCUCGUACGCUCUUGCCUGCCCCAGCAACCCGAGUUCUCCCGCAACAUCAUGAACAUCAUUGACAUCGGCAUCAUCCCCUACUUCAUCACCCUGGGCACGGAGCUGGAUGAGCAGCAGCAGCCUGGGACUAGCAGUAGCAAUGGGGGUGGGGGCCAGCAGCAAGCCAUGUCCUUGGCCAUCCUCAGAGUCAUCCGCCUGGUCAGGGUCUUCAGGAUCUUCAAGCUCUCCAGGCACUCCAAGGGGCUGCAGAUCUUGGGACAGACUUUGAAAGCCAGUAUGAGAGAGCUUGGACUCCUCAUCUUCUUCCUCUUCAUCGGGGUGAUCCUCUUCUCCAGUGCUGUCUAUUUUGCUGAGGCUGAUGACCCUGAGUCUCAUUUCUCCAGCAUACCCGAUGCUUUCUGGUGGGCUGUGGUGACCAUGACCACUGUUGGUUAUGGGGAUAUGCGACCUGUCACCGUGGGGGGCAAGAUUGUUGGCUCCUUGUGUGCCAUUGCAGGUGUGCUCACCAUUGCUGCCUGUCCCUGUCAUGUGUCCAACUUCAACUACUUCUACCACCGAGAGACUGAUCAUGAAGAGCAAGCUAUUCUCAAAGAAGAGCACAGUAGUGCUCAGGGGCAGCACAAUGGCGGGAGAUGCAAGAGAAGAUCCAGUAAAAACUCUCUGAACAAAUCUGUUGUGCACUUGGAAAACAGUGAGGGGUUCAACCAUGGCACCAGCUCUUUAGAGCAAAACCAAUAUCAAAGCUAAAAGUAAUGUAGAUCUCAGAAAAUCCCUCUAUGCUCUCUGUCUGGACACCAAUAGGGAAAACAGAUCUUUAAGGAAAGGAGAAAAUUAGAGCUUAGAGAUGCACAAGGAUUUGCUGCUGUCAGAAACUUACUACUAUUCCUAUUAUUUUCAUACCAGUUAGUUUUUUUAAUCAGGCUAUAUUUUAUAAAUGGAUCACUGUCCUGAGCAGUCCUUCAGGAAUACAUGUUUUUGUGUUCUUUUCCAUGACACAAAGGGUCACCUAUUUUUAAAAUAGGACUAAGAAUAAGCUAUGCUCCAUGAUGCAGGAGCUGGUAAAUUAUGAAAGUGCAAAAUCUAAUUGUAGAAACUUAUUUUAGCAAAUAGUGUUUGGUUUUAAAUGGGUCAUUUGUAAGCAAUUCAGUUGCUCCAAGUUAGUAUUAAAGAUUUGGGGGAUGUGUGUGUGGAGAAUGAAUGGAUUUUGGGGUGGGGGGAAGGAUGAGGGUUUUUUUUGUACUGUAGUUUCAAACUGAAAUUAUUCCAAUAUAUUUUAUAUCUGUAUAUCUGUAUUUAUGGGUGAAAAGGGUUUUCUUAUUCCUGUGAAAUACAACUUCAUUAAAGCACUAGGGACAUUAGCAGAUCAGCACUUUCAGAGUUUUCCACUUGUGAUCAGUACAGAUCUGUUUGUCUAGUAUGUGAAGUGAAUUUGGUGCUCUUAACCCAAUAGCAGAAAAAUUUUAUUGUCAAUGAUAUAUUAGUUUCUUGUGAGCCUUAAAUUAUUAAAUAUUGUAGAUAUACUUCUUUAAAUAAUUUUAUUAAUUACUGUUUUAGAAUUUCUAAUAUUAGAACCUGUUGCUUUCUGUCCCCUCAGAAAAAAAAAAAAAAAAAAGAAAAAAAAAAGUAUGUGCAUUAUUAUUAUUAUAUUUAUUAUUAUCUAUUAUUAUUUAGUUUUACAGUUUUAUACUUUCAUUAUCUUUUUGAGACCAAAAGGAAAGUACUACUGUCUGCUGUUAAUAGAUUUGAUCCAAGUGCACAACAGAUCAAAAACAGUAGGGAGUGAUAGAGGUAACAUGAAGGUAGAUAUGAGUGCAGUAUCUGCAAAAACUACUCCUUAUUCUACACUCCAGAUUGCUUUGGCACAUGUAUCAGUAACCUUGAUGUAUCCAUACCAUUUGUAUACAUAGUUCACUGUUUUAAUUAUCAUAGAUGGAAACGGAUGGCACUUAAAGAAUCUAAUACGUCUGCCACACUACUGAAAUAACCAUUGUGUGGCAUAUACCUCGGAUUCAGAUGGAAAGCAUCACCUUUCACCAAAACACAUCCUUGUUUUCCUUUAUUUCCAAACAAAACCUUUUCAAUGCUGUGGAUAUUGCAGUUAAGAUGUUGUUGAAAGAUGAAUGAGAAAUUAUCUUCAUCCUGAUAACACAGCACUGUACCACUUCUAGUGAAGACUGACACAAAGUUGCUUCUUUAACUCAAGGUGCUGUGUUACUAUUUUCCUUGGCAAAGGACAUCUCUUCCCCUCAAUCUCCUGUGGUAUUGCUGAAGGAUAUUUCAUGCCUUUACCAAGUACAGUGAUACUGGAAGACUAGCAGAAGGAGUCUUGACUGUCAACACUCAAGAGUGGCCUGGAGCUCAUGCAGUAGUGCAGGUCUCCAGAUGGCUUUCCACGGCAUCGUCUUCCAUAACACACCAAUGAGCCACGGGACUGAGACAGAAAUUCCAGUGUGGGGAGGGUGUGAGUCAUGAGACGAUACUGACUAUUGGGAAGAUACUGUUGCGGAGACUGAAACCAAACGUAUUUAUUCCUUGUUCUCAAAUCAUCUUUGGUUAGCAGAAGUAGCUGAAAAACUUUCACCUGGACAAAUAACUGUGAUAUCCCCAUGAAGCAUGCACUCUCAGCGAGAUGGAUUUCUUCUUUCAAAUUGUUGAAAGUGUUCUUCUUGGAGGUUUCUUUCAUAGAGAAAUUGUUUAGUACUACAAAAGGACUGUGCAGAGUGCAAUAAAAGUUCAAAACUUUUGAACUCACUCCCAGGCACAAGAAGACCUAACUACCUGAGAUUUUGUUUGGAAAUAAAUAAAUGCCUCUUUUCAUCCCCCAAACCGCUGGGGCUCUGUGCUUUCUCUUUUGUAAAUAAGUUCUUCUUAUACUUUGGGUAACUUCUACAAU